UGCUGUUUUGCGUCAGUGAAGCUAGUCGGGCAUGCCAACUCCAGCGAGCUCUAGCACCACGUAUGCCACCGCUGCCCCGACCCCAGCAGCUGCCUCCUCAACCUCAUCUUGGUCGGCACCACCGGCGGCCAUGAUCUCCAUGUCCAUCGACCCCAACAUGGUGGUCAUCCUGGCCUCCCUCCUCUGCGCGCUCGUCUGCCUCGCCGGCCUCGCCCUCGUCGCGCGCUGCACCUGCCGCCGCUCUUCCCCCUUCGCCAGCAAUAGCAUCAGCAUCACCACGACGACCUUGCAUAUUCCUCCCAGCAGGGGCUUAAAGAAGAAGGCUAUCGACGCCCUCCCCGUCACCGCAGUGAAACAAGGGCACCAGGAGGAGGAGCAGUGCGCCAUCUGCUUGGCCGACCUGGCCGCCGGGGAGGAGCUCCGGGUGCUGCCGUGGUGCGGCCACUCCUUCCACGUCGCCUGCGUCGACGCCUGGCUCCGUGCUCACGCCACCUGCCCCUCCUGCCGCGCCACCAUCCUCGACACGUCAACCACCUCCUCUUCAUCUUCCUCUUCCUCACCGCCGCUCCCGGCCCCGCGCCGGUGCCGGAGGUGCGGUGCGGCCUGUGACGGCGACAGCAUGGCCGCUUCUGCUUCUGCUGACACGGACGGGAGCAGCUUCUUGCCGUAGCUGUCACUGGACAACAACGAUCGAGUUGCAAACUUGCUUUGGUUGUUAAGUGCAAUAUAAUUCAGUUUAGCUAUGAAUAAUUUGUACGUUAAUUAGUGAAAGAAGAAAGAAAAUUAGUGUGCCUCAGGCUCAGUGUCAGUGGGAGAGUUAUCAUCAUACUUACUAUGAAUGGUACGUAUGUAUUCAUCGUCAGCUCAAGUUCAUAUAACAUAUACU